AUCUCCCCAGUAACCAAGCCACAACAGUGAGCUUGGAGAACCAAGGACAGGUCAGGCACUCCAGCAGGAGCCCCCGCCCCCCACCUUUGGCCAAGAUGCCUUUGGGACUCUCUGCAGGGAGCACCCGCUCCGAGGAUGGAACCGAGGCCUUCCUGGAAGGAAUGGCGGAUUGGGAGCUGAGCCGACUGCGACGGCAGUGCAAAGUGAUGGAGGGAGAGAGGCGGGCUUACAGCAAGGAAGUCCACCAGCGCAUCAGCAAGCAACUUGAGGAGAUCCAGCGCCUGGAGGGGGUGCGGGAUAAACUUCAGGUGCAGAUCCGCGUGGCCCAGAGCCAGGUCAAGCGGCUGCGGGACAGCGAGAGGCUGGAGAACACGGGUCAUCUGCUGAAGUGUCGGGUCCGGGUGCAGGCCGAGGUCAAGGAGCUACAGGAGCAGACCAGAGCCCUGGACAAGCAGAUCCAGGAGUGGGAGACCCGGAUCUUUAACCACAGUAAGGAUAUCAAGGCCCCGGGACUCGUUCUGGAUCAGAAGGUCAAGAUCCGGCGAAGGAUCAAGAUCCUAGAAGACCAGUUGGACAGGGUCACCUGUCGCUUUGACAUCCAGCUGGUGCGGAAUGCGGCCCUGCGGGAAGAGUUGGAUCUCCUGCGCAUUGAGAGGAACCGCUCUCUGAACAUAGAUCAUAAGCUGCAGAAGGAAAUCAGCGCCCUGCGACGCACGGUCAGCGCCCUAAUGGUCUCUUCUGCGGCCGCCUACACCGUCAGGGAGGAGGCAAAGACCAAGCUGGGCCUGCUGCGGGAGAGGGCGGAUAAGGAGGUGGCCCAGAACGAGACGGAGCUGCAGACCCUGCAUCGGCACAUAGCGCACCUCGACCAGUUCCACCGCUUCCUCAAGCUCAAGAACGACGAGCGGCAGCUGGACCCCGCCGUCGUGGAGAAGCGCGAGAAGCGGGCCCGGGAGGUGGCCGAAGGCCUCCGGAAGACGUCCCAGGAGAAGCUGGUGCUGCACUGCGAAGAUGCCAUGAACAAACUGUCCCAGCUGACUGGGGAGAGCGACCCGGACGUGCUGGUGGAGAGGUACCUGGAGAGGGAGGGGCGCAACUUCGCGGAGUUCACCUUCAUCAACGAGCAGAACUCGGAACUGGAGCGCCUGCAGGAGGAGAUCAAGGAGUUGCAGGAGACCUUGGCGAGCACCCGCCGGAGCGAGGAUAACCUUCGCGAGCAAAGAGAGCAGCAGCGAAGGGCCCUGCAGCAGCGAACCGACGAGGUGCGCGCGGAGGCCGACCAGGUGGAGGCCCGCUUCCAGGACCUUCGGGGGCAGCUGGAGAAGCUCAAGGCCGACAUCCAGCAGCUCUUCACCAGGGCCCAGUGUGACAACACCAUCAUCAAGGACCUCCUGGGGGUCAAGACCCACAUGAGAGACCGGGACAUCAGCCUCUUCCUGGGCCUCAUCGAGAAGCGGCUGGUUGAUCUCUUGACGGUGCAGGCCUACGUAGACGUCCGGGUGGAGACCCCCACCCCCUCCAGCUUGGCUAACGCUGCCCUCCUGGUUCUGGGCCAGAGCCCCGAGGAUCUUCCAAAGAAGCUGGCCCCGCCGCAGCUCCCUGACAAUCCGGACGACCUCCCAGGCUUCGAGGCCAAAGACGACUAUCCGAUGAGCAAGGAAGAGCUGCGCGGCCAAGUGACGCAGUUGCUCGAGGCGCAGGAGCAGCAAGAGAAGGAAUUAGCCGAGGCCUUGAGGAAGGUCAACAGCAACCUGAGCGUCUCCAGCCUCCCCAGCGUCCAGAGGGUCGGCUCGGGCUCACCCCCGACGACCGCCAAGAGCCCCAGCGGGGUCCCCGGGUCCAUCCUGAGCCAGGGGGCUAGUGGCGUCCUGGCAUCCAGUGGAGACCGCACCACGAGCACCAACGUCGGCCGCGUCGCCUUGGGAGAACCCGGCUCCAGCACGGGCCGUGUGACCUUCGGUUCCGCCAGCGCCGUGGGGGCGCCCGUGUCCAGCCGGGGCUCGACUGGGGGCCGCGUGACCUUCAGACCCCCCAGCUCUAGUGGCUACCUGGGCUCCACCGGAUACUUGAGGUCCAGCGGAGGCCAGGACAGCCCCGCGGGUGCGGAGAGCAGGGGCACCGGGUCAGAGUCAAGCGCAGGCCCCGGGACCAGCACCAGCAAAGACUAGCGGCCCGCCCCCCGCCCCCCUCCUUGCCCUUGGCUCCCUGCAGGCCCCGCUCUGCCUUGAGAUUUCCCCGCGACCCUCCUGGUUCCAGGCCCUCUGUGAGUCUUUGCUCCGCAUCUGUCUGCCCCUGCCCUUCCCGUUGUCCCUGUGUCCAUCUGCUGGCUGUCGUCUGCUCAGCGAUGUCUCCUGGUCCCUUUCUCUCUUUCCAAACCCCACCCCCCCCCAUUUUCCUUCCUGUCUCCCCAUUUCCUGUCGUCUUGGCUUCCCAUUCAGUGUGUGUUUCUGUCUCCUGUUCACAUCUCUGCCCCCAUCACUGCUGGUCCCCCGCCUCCCCCGUCCUGUGUCUGCUUCCCCACUUCUAAUUCCCUCUCCUGUCUCUACCUGCCGGGCUCUCCUUGUGCCUCAUGACCCCGUCUCUGCAGCUCCUCGUUCCUCACCCUCCCCCCGGAGCCCCCAGGACUGCCCCCCACCCCCCCAGGACUGGGCAGCAGGGGAAGACUUGGAGGAAAGAUGUCAGGGUCAGCAUGAGCUGCGACCCUAGAAAAUAAAGGUCAGAGCCUGACUGCUACCCCAGCCCAGUUACAGGUGUAUAUGUGGGCGACCAGGCUGGACACAUGGCAGUUCCCUUUACCUCUGGCCCAGGGGGAAAUGUAUGACCUUUGUCCCUACUCCCUGCAAUUCAUUCAUUCAUUCAUU